UUUUAUCUUUUACAUCUAAUCAAUCAUAACUGAUCUUUGCCGCAUAGAGAGACUUCCUUACGAUGCUGACUCUCAAUGCCAUAACCCAAUCAAGUUUGAAGGAUCGCGGCGACGGGUCCCGAACGAAAAUGGCCAAGUGCUGACAUGUCGAUCAUGAUGUUGUCGGACAGUGUUUUCGUAUCUUUCUUUUGUAAUAGUAUUAUGUCAUUGUAGAUGUCGUUGGUUCAAGAUAGAUAGAUAUUAUUCACAAGUAGGCAGACACGUAAUAUUAAUAUUUCUCAACGUGCCAUCAAAACAUUUAAUAAAUGACAUAUUGAGAAGGAACAAUUUAUUCAUCUAAAUGACUGACAUAAAGCUAAACUCAAUAUCCCCAUUGUUUCGACCAAGUGUCAAACCAAGCUGAUGAUACAGGCUCCAUGCAGGCCAAGAUAGAACUCUGUGCCAACGUGUUUGCCUUGGCCCAUUCAAGACCCCGAGAUCCCUCUUUUCCAGAGGCCAGCAUCUCAAAGAAGGCCAACAACUUGAGACCACUUUGAGCCCUCCUCGCAGUCUCGGAUGAUCCUUCACUGACCUCCUUCACGAUGGUCUUCUCAGCACCUCGCAAACGGCUGAUCCAUUCUUGUAGCGGAAUGAUCUCAAACGUCUCUGAAAAAUAAUCCUCGAGACGAGCUUUGAGACCAGGCAAGCUGUCUAUCCAGCUGGUUGUUCGGGGGUUAAGUAGAUUGUAGUAAUUCUCCUGUCCUACGACUGGGUUCACAGGGACGACGAGCUGUCCGAUGACCUCCGUUAGGAGAUCAAUGGGGAUCCAGUCCAAAAUGCUUGCAGAGCCAAGAUCUAAUGGUAGAGCUCGAAGAUGCGCUGAAGCGUCGAUAAUCUUGUAGACCGUGUUAGUUGGACAGGAAGCGGCGCACAACGGGUGAAAACUUACAGCUGGAACCCAAUCACGUCGAGUCCAUAUGCUACCCUCGCCAAGCGUCUUGACGGGGCCAGCUACUUGGCCAACUCGUAGAAUCGAGAGACUCAAGACACCAGAUCGCGCAGCCUUGCUAAGCAAGUGCUCAGCAACAAGCUUAGAUGACCCAUACCCAUUGAUCGGCGCAUCAAAUCGGGGAAUGCUUGCUUCUGGUACAGGGCCUAAGAGCUCAGACGGCCAGUUCAUGGCAGCACUGAUAGACGAUACGAAGAAGAAGCGGAUCUUGUGGCGAGACUCUCGGCAGACGUCGACAAGACUCUUAAGACCGAUGAACUGGGGCUCGAAGGAGGAGAGAGGGAGAUUAAAGUUGACCUCCCAAGCGUUAUCUAUAGCCAAGCAGUGGCUUUAUUCUUGAUCUCCUCAAGAUCGUCCUGACUCAAGCCAAGGUUCUCUGAGGCGACAUCGUAACGAACAAACUUGGCCUUGCUUUGCCAGCUCGAUGAAAGGCCCUUAGACUUGGCCGAGUCUACCUGACGUUGGAAGGCGUCGGCGCUGCGGUUCAAGCACCAAACCUUGGCAACCUUGUCGUUGUUACAAAGAACAUCAAGCAGAUACGAACCAAUCUCUCCAGUUGUACCGGUGAGAACAAUAUGCUCCUUCGCCUCGCGAGGUGGUUCGAAAGCCUGAGCGUACUUGGCAAGCAUCUCCCGAGUAACUUCGCUGUGAUGAACCUUGUCCUGAGGGCCAUGUUCAAGAUGAGACCAAACAGAAUGGGCGAGCUGGUAGAUGGUUGGGUUGGUAUAGAUAGUACCCGCUUCUACUUCAAGUGGCUGAUCGAAGGCAGAACUGAGAAGUCCGGCUAGUCGGAUGACAUGAAGUGAGUCGAAGCCUCUGGUGAAGAUGUUGUCAUCGUCCUUGAGAUCAACCAAACCGGACACGGUCUCAAUUGCCUCUCGAAUGCCAGAACGGACUACAUCUUCCGUUGUUCCGUUGAUGUGAACAGAAGGCUUACCAUGAGUAGACCUGUCGUAGAUAGCGUUGAUGUCGGCAGUGAAUGCUUUUUCUGUCUCAUUGCGAGCGAGAGUCCCCUUUGGAGUACGCGGAAACGGAGUUCGAACGAUCUUGACAAAAUCACGGUGGAUCUGAGCGAACGCUGGGAGAGACUUGUUAACUUCUUCAAAUGUUGGCCAGGCGUUGUCGGUGAUGAUGUCGUCUGGCUUGUCGAGGCUGUUCUGGUCAGGGUACAGGAGGGCAGCUGUUUGGAAACGGCCACGACCAGUGAGGUAAGCGGCAGCAAUCCAUGGAUGGCUGAUAAGCUUUCCUUCAGCAGCAAGAGGGUUGAACUUCUCCCCGUUGGAUAGGAUGAUCAAAUCAUCACGCCGCAUCUCGUACUUCCAGAGAUCGGGGUGUUUCGGGUGUCGUGAGUACAAGUCCUUCGUCUCCCAGAUAUCAAGCUCAGGGAACGUCUUGAAGACAGGUUGAGUUGCAGAAAGCUUGGGGUUCUGAACAAACACCAGCUCAGACAGGUCUUCGGAGUAAGGGCGCAUCUCGACACCUGUUCUUGGAUGGAAGUAGUAGUAAGCCCACUCAUCAGGAUGCGUGACGACAGACGCAAGCCACUGGCCCUCUGUCAUUCCCAUGGUUUGCAUGAUGGGUACACGCGAGUGGAUCAAGUCGCCGACAGACUGAGGAAUAGGUCCUCCAGCUGACGUGAUGAAUUUGAGUUUCGAGAGCUUCUCGAGUACGCGGGGUGACUUGGAGAUAUCCUGUAGGACACUAGGCGAGAUAAAGGCUGAGUCGAGUGAGAUGUGGUCAAGCGCGUCUUCUAUAACGUGCUGCAUGAUCGGUCCUACAGACGGGAGAACAACGGUCCAGUUGAAGAAGACGGCUGAGUACAGACCAAGGCAGAUUCCAGCAACCUAAGAUAUACACAUCAGAGCCUGGCUUCAGAUACAAGAAAACGAAACUUACGUGGAAGAGGGGCAUAGCGCACAACUGUCUCGUGCCAGUCCAUUCAACACCAGUCGGCCUCUUCCCAUUCGUAGGCUCCAUCAAGUGGAAGCCAUCAACAGUAGCAGCAGUCUCGAGAUACACUGGCACCAGUUUAGGCAGGCCAGUAGAGCCGGAGGUGUGAAGCAGUGCCAGCAUGUCCGACUUUCCUUCAUUCCAGGAUUUCUGGUAGACAUAGGGCUUGACAGGUGUUGGAUCUAGGAGCUGGGGUAAUUCGGGGGCUUCAACACUUGGAAUCUGGAGGUCUUGGAGGAAUUCAUGGUGAUCCAAGCCAGAUGAGGCGAUCCAGAACUCACAGCCAGACUGUUUGAUAAGUGAUACGUGUCCUUCAACACUGUUGCGUGGUGACGAGAGUAACAGCUAAUCAGUUAGACACUACCUAACAGAUGAGAUAUUCAUGGGAUCUUACUCUAUGUCCCAGCUUUGUGGAAGCAAUCAUCAUGAUAAAGUAUCUCAGGUCAUCUAAUGCCCAUCAGCAGCUGCCUGCAGUAGAAUAGCAAAGUCAACUUACUUUGACCAAUGUACGCAAUUGUCCUGGGCCCCGCUGGCGAUCCAAGUUGGGAGUCGAGCCACCCGCAAAGCCGGUUGAUGGAGUUGGCAAAGAUCUUGGUGUUGACUUCAUCAUAUCCUUGCGAAGGUUGACCGUUGCGGGGAGUGUAGAAAAGCACGCGAUCAGGCUCGUCCCGUGCUAUCUCGUCGAUCAAAACGGGAAGCAGCCUGUGGCCGUAGGCGGGCAAAUGGGAGAUUGAACCCAUGGCGUUGGUAGGAUACUUUGCAAGAGAGUAGAGAGAGAAUAAUGCUUGCUUUGCUUUCUUCUGCAUAGAGAAAUUGUGACUAUGCAGGGUCUGGCUUCAACGCAAUACUAAUCGAGCUAGAAACGUGCCUUGGGCCUUAUCUUACUUGUACAAUCCCUUCUUACAAUGCUACUGUAUGCUACGUUUGAGCUAAACUCGGACCUCGUUAGUAAACCGAGGUUGUUGAUAUGCACGUUACUUAACAAGCAACCGAACGGAACCUUUUCUCGGCCACAUUCCGCGAUCUUCCAAUAACUUCACUCCGUCGUAUUCAUGCUUCGAAUCAGCAUAAGUUGCAUCAUCACGAAGAUGAAUGCGAUUGGUCAUCGGAAGCUUUGCGGGGACCGGACCGGAGCUGACAUGCAUGCAUGAGCUUCCAUGGGGAAGUGUCCGAUUGCUCCACUCGGCGGCGUUCGGGAACGGAGCCGGACUGUAAGAUCGCGGCCGAUCUGACAAUACGAAAUUUAGUUUGAGCCGAGUAAAGGCUUUUAAACUGAUUCGAAAACGUGUAUCAUAUUAAAGACCUGUCUCGAACGAUAUUCUCCUCUGACCUGGACAACACUAGCAGGCUUUCCCUUUCCCUUUCUUGUGCUUCACAUCCUUGAAUAAAAGUGAUUCAAAAUGGCAGAGCAAGUCUUUCAGAACUUUGAGACCCUUCAGCUCCAUGCUGGUUACACGCCGGAUCCUCACACACGGUCCACUGCUGUUCCCAUCUAUGCGACAUCUAGCUAUACUUUCAAUGACUCUGCUCAUGGAGCGCGUCUCUUCGGUCUCAAGGAGCUCGGCAACAUCUACAGUCGUCUCAUGAACCCUACUGUUGAUGUAUUCGAGAAGCGAAUUGCUGCCCUAGAAGGCGGCAUUGCCGCUGCUGCCACUUCCUCAGGUCAAGCCGCCCAGUUCCUCACAAUCGCCACCCUCGCCAAGGCCGGUGAUAACAUUGUUGCCAGCUCGCAUUUGUACGGUGGCACAUACAACCAGCUUAACGUGCUACUUCCCCGAUUUGGUAUCAAGACCAAGUUCGUGCGAAGCGGCAAGCUUGAGGACUAUGCCGCUGCUAUUGAUGAUCAGACCCGUGCCAUCUAUGUCGAGAGCAUGAGUAACCCUGAUUACGUCGUACCUGACUUUGAAGGUAUCGCCAAGAUCGCCCAUGAGCAUGGUAUUCCCCUCGUUGUCGACAACACUCUAGGCGCAGGUGGCUACUAUGUUCGUCCCAUUGAGCAUGGCGCUGACAUCGUUGUCCACUCUGCCACCAAGUGGAUUGGCGGUCACGGCACUACUAUAGGUGGAGUGAUUGUCGACAGCGGCCGCUUCAACUGGAACAAGCACUCAGACCGUUUCCCCGAGAUGGUUGAGCCAUCACCUUCAUAUCACGGUCUCAAGUACUGGGAGGCUUUCGGCCCUGCCACAUUCAUCACUCGUAUCCGCGUUGAGAUGCUCCGCGACAUCGGCGCUUGUCUCAGCCCCUUCUCCGCACAGCAACUCCUCCUCGGUAUUGAGACUCUCGGUCUUCGAGCGGAGCGACAUGCGCAAAACACAGAGAAGCUUGCCAAGUACUUUGAGUCGAGCCCCAAUGUGAGCUGGGUUCUCUGGCCAGGCUCCGAGUCUCACCCAACAUACGCACAAGCCAAGAAGUAUCUCACACGAGGAUUUGGCGCUAUGCUAAGCAUCGGAGUUAAGGGAGAUGCUUCAGCUGGAAGCAAGGUCGUGGAUGGUCUCAAGCUUGUGUCUAACCUUGCCAACGUGGGUGAUGCCAAGAGUCUUGCUAUUCACCCUUGGUCGACUACACAUGAGCAGCUGUCUGAGGAUGAGAGGCUGGCUUCUGGUGUGACGGAGGAUAUGAUUCGUAUCUCGGUUGGUAUUGAGCAUGUUGAUGAUAUCAUUGCCGAUUUCGAGCAGUCUUUCCAGAAGGCAUAUGGAUCCUGAGUGUCGAUGUAGCUUGGUGGACUUGGUGGUCAGAUUGAUAGAAAGGUGGUGGGAAAAGCUGCUAUAUAAGUACAUUCCAAUGCGAUUACGGAUUUCUGAGAUAUAU